GCAUUAUAUAAGAUCAAAAAUAUACCAGCAUUCUUCAACCAAGUUGAGGUAAAGUCAGAUCCAAAUUUAUGUUCACACUAUCCUUCUUGUGCAAUGUGUAGUGACCUAGAAGAAUUUCUUAUUUCAAAAUCAGAAUAUGCAAAAUGGAUUAAAGAGUUUCUAAAAACAAAAAGGCCUCUAGUAAAAUAUGAAUGUAAAAGGCAUACUCUGUUUGUUUGCAGAUUUUGCUUUGGGGAAUGGUUUUAUAAAUUGGAUUCUUGUCAGAAGCAGUUAAAUCAGCAAAAAGAACAAGAGGUUCAAAAAAUUCAACCUGGUCAAUGGCGUGAUAAGGAUGAAAAAAUAUAUGGACCAGUUGCUGAUAUUGUAUACUGGCCAAAGAAUAGGUAUUGGGAAUCGAUCAAAGAUAUUUCAGAUAGUAUGGCUCCAUCAAUUCAUGAUCCUAUUACAAGAUGUUGA